CAUAAAAUCACGGUCUUCAUAUCUAUCACCAAACCAAAAACUCUUGAUGAUGCUAUCAAGAACACUAGAAAUAGAAGCUGGUAAAUACUAUAAGAAAAGAAAAGAAGAGGACUCUACUAACCAACUUAUCGAAGCAUUGACAUAUAAAAUACAUCAAAUGGCUACAAAUUAUGAAAAAUUGACCACCACAUUAAUAGCUAGGGUUGACGUUAACUUCUGUCCCAAACAAAAUAGGCCAUCCCAACCCCAGCAGACCCCAAACAGCAGUAUUGAGUAUUACAACUGUAGAGAAAGAGACUACAUUGCUAGGAAUUGCCUUACUGAACGUAGCCAAACCCCUGGAAGACUCUCUAUGAAUUCAAAUAGUAACAUAUCACAGCCAAGAAAUGUUAACCUAUGUGAUAUUUACACACAAGAGACGGAAGAGGGGUUGUAUAUUAUUAAACAUUGA